AUGCCAUUUGCUCACUCUGAGAAGGCUGUGCAGAUGCAGAAGUUGGCUAUGAAGCUUGGCACGCUUGGCCCACGUCCUGCGUGGCAGGCUGAUCGGCAGGUGGGUUGGCCUCCGGAGGAGACAUCGGACCCGAACUACCAGGUGCCUGCGGGGCUGCCGCCAGGUUCGAAGGUAAUUGGCUUCCGCAGGGUGCCUUCACCGCCAACAGUGGAAGAGCACAAGGAGGGGGCCCCAGAGGUGUCUGGUCGGGUAGUGCACUCCAAUGCAAUUCUGCAGCCCAGCCGUGUCUAUUCGGCACAGCCUUCAGACGUCGUCCAGGCUGAGGGCGUGUACCCGAUCAUGCGGCCACCAGUGGGUGUGACAACUAACUUACUCGACAGGCCCUUGACGCAAGCAAGUGCCAAUCAUUGGACUGCUCCAGUCGACUUUGGAGAGGCUAGAAGCUAUGUCCGAACGGCCUCCGAGUCCGCGCCGUCAGAGAUCAGCAGCCGGAAGCCAGCAGCGAACCAAGAGGCGCAGGCAGCCUCUGUGGUUGAUGAGGCAGCACGAGCGAUUGUCAGUCUUCUCCACGGGCCUGCCAAGUGA